GGGGUGGAAAGGGUGCGUCGACUUUCCACAUGUGUAACACUGGCUUUUUGUCUUUUAUACUUAACUACUAAAUUGUGGAAUCAUCAAGUUGCUAAAAUGCAAAGCUAGCGUAAACAUAAUGGACCCGCCAAACUAACUGAUGAAAGACUUCGUACUCUGUCUCGGCAUCUUUUGUCUUGGGAUUGUGUGCACUGUCUGUGCUGAUUGACAGCAGGCGGUGAAAGUGAGCAGUAGCAGCCAGCCAGUUUUCGUCACAGCAGAGGAAAGUUGGACACGGAAACAUGAAGUACUCGAGUGAUUCCAUUUUAAAAGAGUGAUUCGUUGUAAGUUAUUAUACAGUUUCUCUGUUGGAUGUUUUUCCUGCAUGGACUCCAUUUUUGUUUACACCAAAAGGGACGUGUUUACCUUUCUUCGAGCCCUCGUGAAAGCGAAGGGAGCAAUGGUGGAGGCUGGGGGAUGCAGGAGCGGAGUUGCCUCCUGAAAAGGUGUGCAUCGACACAGGAUAGUCUCCGAAUUUUGGAUGGUGGACCCAGGAUAUCACAUCAGCAGGGCCAACAGUAACAUGCUCGUGGCCUCUGCUGUGGUGGUUUGGGAAUGGCUGAACGAACACGGUCGGUGGCGGCCCUACAGCGCUGCCGUCUCCCAUCAGAUAGAGGCGGCCAUUCGUGGUGGAGAUACCCGCGGGGGGAGCGUGGUCCUCGGUCAGAUGGAGAGUCGACUCUCUCCCUACAUCAUUGAUCUCCAAUCCAUGCACCAGUUCAGACAAGACACAGGAACUAUCCGACCAGUGAGGAGGUGUUUUUAUGACCCGGCCUCAGCCCCGGGACAAGGGUGGCAGUGGGAGUGGGAAAAUGAUGCAGGUUCAUGGACACCAUAUGACAUAGAGGUGGCUAUCGCCAUCGAGAAUGCUCAUAGCCGCCAGCAGCCCUGCCUGGACCUGACAACCCUUGGCUUCUGCUAUCUCAUUGAUUUUCAGAAUAUGACACAGGUGAAUCGACAGAGCCAACGAUGUCGAAGGAUUCAGCGACGUGCUGACACGGCCUAUCCACUAGUGUCUGGGCCUCUUCCAUUUCCAAAAGGAGGAGGUGAGGGUGUAGGAGGAGGACUGACAGGUGCCCUGUUAGGUGUUGGAGUAUCAGGAGCCAGCAUGGGAAUUGGAAGUUCUGUGUACCCGAACGGGGGCAUAAUGACUACUGGACUGGGCCAACCUUGCUCCUGCCAGCAGUGCAUGCUUGUCUUUAGUGUGAAAACAAACCUAGGAGGAGCAGGACGCUCACUAACCAUUCAGCGGCCCAAGACCACAGCACCCACCGCCUCAAAACCCUUGAAUCCAUCUAAAUCAGCCACACUGGGGAGAGGACAGCACUUGAAGCCCAACUGCAACACCUAUCAGACGCUGCCACAUGGCCUUGCCAUUUCUAAAAACACUGCAUCUCCAAGAAGGAAUGCCCAGCUCUUUGCUCAGUCUCUGGCUGCGCUCACCACAGUGACCUCCACUCUUGGCAUUUCGUCAUCUUCCAGGCCUCCUCCUCCGUCACUGCCGCCCCCUCAGCCACCAUCAUCCAACAUAAAUGUGAAUCCUCCGUCCAUUCCAGCAAAGCAGUCUUCAUCUUCAGCCAGCGAAUCAGUACCCACUGCCACAUUAAUUACCCCAGCUAACACAGUGACCACACCCCCAUCCCCUGUGCCAUCUCCAUCACCAGCAGUAAUGAAGCCACAACGUGCGCCGUCGUCCGCAUCCAAAGUUUGCCAUGCCCCGCUACCACAGAGAUCAAGCUUAGCUGGACUGAGUCGACCAGCAUUGCAGAGGAUUGCCAUGGCCCAAUCAAGAGCACUAAUAGCGUCGGGUGUGCCCACUGUGCCCGUGAAGAAUCUCAACGGAUCUAGUCCUGUUCACCCUGCACUGGCAGGGAUCACAGGCAUUCUGAUGAGUGCUGCUGCUCUGCCGGUGUGUCUUACAAGACCCCCUAAACUUGUACUACACCCUCCACCUGUCAGCAAGAGUGACAUCAAACCAGUACCAGGCUUUGGCCACUGCUGCAGAAAGACCACCAAGAAGCAGGCUCGCAAGGGUAAGACUCCAGAAGAUGUGGUUAAAAAGUACCUGCAAAAAGUUAAGAGUCCACCAGAUGAGGAUUGUACCAUAUGCAUGGAAUCUUUAGGGGGUCCUUCUGGAUACAAAGGUCCUGGGGUAGGAUCUGUUUCCAGAGCAGAAUCUGUUGGACGACUAGCGCAGUGUGGACACCAGUACCAUUUUCAGUGUCUGUUGGCCAUGUAUAAUAAUGGCAACAAGGAUGGCAGUCUUCAGUGUCCCACCUGUAAAACUAUCUAUGGUGUAAAGACCGGGAACCAACCAGCAGGAAAAAUGGAGUACCACAUCAUCCCUCACUCACUACCGGGGCAUCCCGACUGCAAAACUAUUCGCAUGAUCUAUAACAUCCCGCCGGGCAUUCAGGGACCAGAGCAUCCCAAUCCAGGGAAGCCCUUCACAGCCAGAGGCUUCCCAAGACACUGCUACCUCCCAGACAGUGACAAGGGACGCAAGGUAUUGAGACUGCUCCUGGUAGCGUGGGACCGAAGGUUGAUCUUUUCAGUUGGGACUUCAAGCACCACAGGAGAAUCUGACACAGUCAUAUGGAAUGAGGUACACCACAAAACAGAGUUUGGCUCCAACCUGACAGGUCAUGGCUUCCCUGACCCUGGACACCUAGACAAUGUUCUGGAUGAGCUCCGAGCUCAAGGCAUCACAGAAGAUGAUGGGUUGACUGAAAAGUGAUCAGAUGUGGAACCAGGGACAACAAUGAGGAGAUACUUUUGAUGUGGGGGGAAAAAAAGGAAACGCGGAAAAAAAAUCUGCCUCGCCAGAUAACAGAGGCAAGAAGAGGAGGACAACAGGCAGUCAGUCUGGCAGUAUUUAAAAGGAGUGCAGCGGAUAUUUGAAGUGUUUUCCCCCCCAAAUAACCACUUUUUUAAACUUUAUUUUUUUUACUGGUAGUUUGCCUGCCAUUGUCAUUCCAAUAGUGUAUAGUUAAAUACUCAUUAAAGGUAUGAGUAGAUAGCAGAUGAAAAGGAGUUCUUUACCACUCAGGAUCUAGGUACUAACAGUCCACAAGUGAGCGUGAAAUGGUACUAAUAACGAAGAACAAAAACAAGUUUAGUGAGCAAAAUAAUAGACGAUGGUAUGUCUGAGCGGGACAAAAAAUGGAAAGACGGGAGAAAGAGAGGAAGAUGUCUGAUGUGGGGGAGGGGACUGAAGAAAAACCGUCCGCAAGAGAGAAGGGUUUUAUGAAUGUAGUGUAGAAUAAGUGUGAACACUAACUUGUAUAAGGUACUUUCCAGAGUAACACUAACUUGUAUGGUACUUUUCAGUUGCUAGUAGGUUCACCACAAACCGACAAAAUCAGUCAAGAAUGAUGUCCAAGUGGUAGGUGGAAGGGCCCCCCUUUGUUUUGUCCAUAGUCAAUAACGUUCUGUCAUGUUGCGCCCUCUUGUGAUUUUUCUAUUGGACUGCACUCAGGCUGUAAGCCACUGAGGUGCAUUAAUUUUGCCAGUAGUAUGUGUGGUACUUAUCAUUGUUACAUUAUUCCUUUACUUUCUGGGGCCAAGCCAAGCAGUUAUCAUUGUGUAUGAAAUGAAACCAAGGCUCUUUCCCUUAUUUGCCUUUUUUUUCUACAAAUAAGCUGAGGUACACACGAAUCUUACAUUCCUCCGAGGUACCCGAAUUUACAUGUAAUUCCCUAAUAUGUGUUGAAUUGAAUGAAAAUUUGGAAUCUAUGUUUUUUCCUCCUGUGCGACCACUGUAACAAACCCAUUGAGGCAGCACAAUGCAUUUUCCUCUGCUGACCGAAAAUUAGCAUAUUUGAUACUGUGAGAUUUUCAUUACGCGCACUUCGUAUUACCUUCUCUCAUCCAGCAGCAGGUGAUAAUGCACUGCCCACUUCGUGUUUUGCGUCUGUAAAUUGCCUGGCAUAUGAAUUUGUUCGAGUGAGUGCAUGUGUGUUGCGAGAGGAAAGCUGUGUACUGUGGAUACCAGUACCAACAUGCUCUAAGUCAAGAGUAUUAUUACUAUUUCUGUUACUUUUCUGUUUUCUGUAGCAAUGAUAUCAUUUGGAAACUCUGAGGCUGAUGAUAAUGAUGGUACUCACUGUAUGGUUAUGCCAAUGUUUUUACUCUUGUUAUUAUGUUUUAAUGUGAACUGUAGCAACAACUUUUGUGUACAAUAGUAUCUUCAUUACAUUAUCAUAGAAGUGGUAGGCUUUGUUGUACAUUUAAUGGGUAUUCAUUAUGUGAUUUUUUUAUUUGUCACGUCGGUUUACAGUUUUUUAAUACAUAGGAUUUUUCCAUUUUCAUUGCAUCGGGUGAAGUGAGGCUGAUUUGAAACAUCUUUUCUUUGGAAAAGGAAUGUCAUAAUAUAAUUUUAUUUGCGUGUCAAAUGAAUUUGUAUUGCAAUUAUAAACCCUUUCUACGCUUGAUUUUUUUUUAGACGGUUCGAGAAUGCUCAAGUUUUUAUUUAGAUGGUUUGAGAAUGCUCAAGAGUGAUUUUUGGAUUGAAAUGUUUUCUUGAGUGUCUUAGCAUUUGUCCAAUUUCUUGCUCUUAUGACCCAAACACAUGGUCAUUCUAUUGUCGAGAUCGACUGUCUUGAUAAAGAAUGAUAUUCUCAUGUGUUGUGUGCAGUGCUUGAACCAUUUGAGCAAAGUGGGAAAAAGCAAGUAACUCAUUACUCAAGUCGUGUUUAUCCUUUAAAAGCAGAUGUCUUAGCAGUUCAUCCAGAUGGCAAUAGUUCAUCCUCAAAAUGUGAGCUCUUGGGAUUGUGUUGGUCUGAUGGGACUCAGAAAAAAGCAUGUCCUCUACCUGAUGGACAAUUUGUAAUUACAAAAUGCUGGAGUAUGACAGAUUAAUACAUGUAAGAAUAAACAAUGUAUGAAACCUCUGCA